AUGAACGCGCCCUAUUGUUGAUUGACAGCUCAGUGGUGUCAGGUUACAGCAGGGGGCGGGGUUUAUCGUUGCUCAACAUGGCUGCGCCCUGCUCAGAUCAACAGGUCUAAAGCUGUGAAGAAUGUCUAAGGAGCAGGUGAGUAUCAGUGACCUCAUGCACUCAUUGGAUAGCUCAGAGCUACAGGAGGCAGAACAAGUGAGGGCCACAGUCAACCAACAGUUGAGCUCAGACAAGGGCGGCGCCGUCCUCUCUGCCGUGGUGGACUAUUACCUGGAGUCCUCGUCAUCUCAGGCCAUCCUCCUCUUGUCCUCCAUCAGGGAGACUCAUCACAAGGCCCUCUUGGAGAAACUGAACGAGUCUCUGAACAGACCGUUGACCCGAUUGGUUGCCCUAACACUGCUUGGUCAUCUGAUCAGGAAGCAGCCUCCAUGGGUUCAUCACAUCAGCCGCUCGGCCUUGCUCCCAUCUCUGCUGCGCUGUCUCAAGACUGACAGUGAUGUGGUGGUCCUCAUUACUGCCGUCCUGGUCCUCGUCACUCUGUUACCCAUGAUCCCUCAGGCCGGAAAGCAGCACAUCUACGAUUUCUUCGAUGUGUUUGGACGACUGGCGUCCUGGAGCUACAGAAACCCCGCUCAGUCACCUGGGGUUCACCUGGUCCACCUUCAUGCUGGUGUCUACUCUCUGUUUCACCGUCUCUACGGCAUGUUUCCGUGUAACUUCAUCUCCUACCUUAGACUCCACUAUAGCAUGAAGGAGAACCUGGACACCUUCCAGGAGGUCGUCAAGCCCAUGUUGGAACACGUCAGAGUUCAUCCUGAGUUGGUCACGGGGACGCAGGACCAGGAGCUGGAGCCGUCCAGGUGGCGAUGUUACGAAGUCCAUGACAUUGUGAUCGAGUGCUCCAGAGUGUCCCUGGAUCCUCUGGAGUCGUCCUGUGAAGAGGACAUUUACACCUCCCUGAGAGAACCCACCUCCACCUCCCUGUGCUCCUCACCCCCACUCAGACCUACACAACUCUCCUCCCCGCUCCCUGCCCUGGACCUUACCUCCAGUCCUCUCAUCACAGAGAGUGUUACCAGUGCUUUCAGUUUGUCUUCUUUGGAAAAGGGAAAUCAGACUCCGCCUUCUUUGAUCUUUGACACCUGUGUACAGGCUGAUGAUGUCACGUGGAGCCCCUCUCUUUACUGCGGCCUGUCCACACCCCCACUCGAGUCUUCCGCAUCAGGCUCCACCCACCCUCUGAGCAGGAGCACCUCCAUCUCAGGUGUAAAAUCUCCCUCACUGGCCUCUGUCCCUCCAACGCCACCUAGUGAAGGGAACCAAGAUGGACGCCUGGCUCCAGACAACAACAAUCAGGUGAAGCCGCAGCCAAUCACAGAGCUGCGACGCUCCUGCUCCGUCUUUCAGGCCGUAGGAGAGCAAGAAAGGACGAGUUAUGAUGAUGUCAUCAACAAAAGCAGUGAAGAUCUCAGGUCCAGAUCCUCAGCGCUCUCACCUUUACCUUCCCCCUCCGUCCCCUCUGAGCACAUCCUCCUCACCUCCACUCCCAGCUUUGAGCAGCCACCCUCAGGCUCACCUCCUUCCUCCUCCAACUCAAUGUGCUUCACCCCGUCCAACACCUCCUCCUUCAGAUCAGAGAAGGGAGAUGUCGCCGUGGUAACCUCCGCCCCUUAUGAACCGCUGUUUGAUCUGGCGCUGCCUCAGGCCGCUCUGCUCUUCAUCCGAAAAAGGACACAGGAGUUGAUGGAGAAAAUGACAGGGCAGGAGGAGAAAGAAGCUACGGAGGUGGAGGGCGAGGACCGGGAGCUGACCCAGACCUCUCCAGACCCCUCCCCUCUGGAAGUUUUAAACCAGCUGAUCACGCGUGGGUGUGAAGCUCACGAAUGUCUCAGCAGGAGCAGGUUGUCGUCCUCAAAUAAGUCUGUGGAUCGCAGUCAUUUUGGAGGUAAACAGCAGAGCAUGAAAACCAAAGGUUCGGCAGUGGGGGACGAGCUCCAGUCUGUGAAGAGUCAGCUGCUGCUGAUCCACGGUCAGCUCGAGUACGAGCGUUUCAAGCGGCAGCAGCACGCCAUGAGGAACCGUCGGCUGCUGCGGAGAGUGAUCAACACCACUGCGCUGGAGGAGCAGAGUGUUGCCAUGAAAGGUCAGCUGAGUGUCCAGGACGAGGAGAUCCGGUCCCUGAAGUCCAGUCUGCAGGAAGAGCAGAGACGGUACACACAGCUGCAGCAGGACACGCAGGAACACACCAACCAGCUGCACACGCACGUCCAGCAGCUGCAGCUGCAGCAGCAGAAGUUCCAGAGAGACAACCAGAGACUGCAGAGUGAGCUGCAGGAGUGUCACAGCACGCUUAAAGUCCAGGAGGCGGAGCUUCAGAGAGCCAAUAACACGGCCAACAAUGCAGAACAUCGGCUGACUAAGCUGUCGCUCAAGCUGAGCAACGUUGAGCAGCUGGAGCAGCAGGUCAUCCUGUUGAACCAGCAGCUGGUCGUACUCAGAGAAACCAACCGAGCUCUGACGGAGCAGCUGAAGGGAGGAGAGGGCAAACACUGGACUGAGGCGUCCAUGCUGCAGUGCAGCGUGGGUAAAGAGCACCAGCGUCUGAAGGAGGGAGAGGUUCAACAGCGACAGAAGCUGGAGGCGGCCAGUUACAGGAUCUCAGACCUGGAGAGCCAGCUGACAAAGAAAGACCAGCUGAUUCUGGAUCAGAAGAAACUUUUGGAGGACACCAAAGGCCAGAGCAGAGCGGAGCUGUCGGCCUGUGAGAGUCGCUGUGUGGCUCUGAAAAGAAUCACCCAGGGUCUGCAGACGGAGAUGCUCCAGCUCUACAGCCAGGUUCACCUGGACACGCGCAGCCAACCGCGGGAUGUCGUCGGCAGGUCAGACAGCAGUGCCAUGGCCGUACCUGUUACACGGGAUGAGCUGAAGCCCCGCCCCUCCUCCAGCUCCGUCAGCAUCAUAAACGGAGCGGUGGAGUCUCUCUCCACCUCCCCUCUUCAACUACACUCCUGCUCGUCCUCCCCUCUCUCUCUGUCCCCCAUCGACUCCCCACUGACCGUCGGCUCGUUCCUGGAGAAACAAACCAGGAGGCAGUUCCGGCCGACCAAUCACAGCUCGGACGAAGAAAACGAGGACGAGCCGUUGGAGAAAAUGGAGGAGGAAGAGGAGAGGGAGAACGAGGAGGAGGAGGAGGAUGAAGAGGACAAUAAUGUGGAAGACCAGCUAGGGAGUCCUCCUCUGGGUCAGGAGGCAGAAGAGGACUUCCUGCUCCUCAAAAGUCCUCAGGUGGCUCCUCCUCCUGGUCAGGCCGCCACUCCCAGCCGCCCCCUCUAUAAACCCCCGGGUCGUCUGUCGGGACAUGCCCCCCCCACAGACCUGACCCUGGCUGUCCGACAGAGGAGACAGGAGCUGAGCAUCAUGGACUACAACGAGACGCUCCCAGAGUUCUGACCGCAGACUGCUACCUGCCCGGUGUCCAGCAGGUGUCAGUCUGCGCCUGACGACACCUGAAUGAAGUAACUUUGAACACAACAAACUGUUUCCUGUCAUUUUGGGGGUUCGCUGGUGACACAAAAAUUUUAAGUGAAUUAAUUCUGAGGUUCGCCCGAAAAGCUAAUCAGCCAAUAAGCUUCAAAUCCGUCUAAGGUUAAUGAAAAAAAAAAAAGUUUCUAGCUACGAUGGGGACAAAUCCACCGCAGGGUUAAUAGGAAAUCGACAGAAAGAGGAAAAAAAAAGCGAAAGGUCCCCAGUUAGCUCACUAGAAAUAGCAUUGUGUGCUAAAAGUUAGCUGCUGAGAAAGAAAAAGUUUCCUCUUGAAUGCCUGGGCUUUCUUCUUCCCAGCAUGCACUGCUUCUUCUGCUCAAAUUGAAGAACGCAAUUAUACCAAAUAUAAAAUGAAAAGUUUGUCAGUCGUUACGAGAAAUACUUGGAUGUUGUCGGAUGCUAACAUUUAGCUGAAUGUUCUUCAACUGGAAACACACGGAGCUCCACUGGUGCCAAAAAAAAAAUCUGUGAAAUCCUGUCGAUGGAGUCCAAAUAUUCCCCGUGCCGAAUAUUUCUCACUCGAUGCAUUAGAAGCAUCGGAACACAAGUGUUAACAGAACGUCGGGUUAAAGGAACUGAACGGACUGUCGGUGCGAGAGUGGGCGUCUCUGUGUGGGCUGAUGACAUCAUCGUUACGUCAACCAAGUCAUUGGUCAGGCUGGUGGGAACUAAAGCUGCUAGAGGUCAUGACCUUUGGGGGUUGAUGCAAUAGAGAUUUCUUUCAAAUCCUUCAAUGAUUUUUUUUUUACAUGUAUGACUCUGGGGAAAAAAGGGAAAUCCUAUUUGGUGAUUUUGGUUAAUUUCAAAAUUAGUCUCAAGAUCUCACUCCUCUUUCUCAAAAAAGAAGGUAGAUUUUCCCUCUGAAAGUUUUCAUGUCCAACGAUCUUCAUUUGACCAGCGUCUGGUUCUGGCUUUAAUGGCUGAUGAAUGUAAAGUGACGUGAAUGUUCCUGUACUCAGACCACGUGUCCUCAGGUUCAAAGCUUAGGAAACCUAGGUCUUAUUUCAGGUCAACCAGCUGUUCGGUCACACAACUGUGAUUCUGUAUGUAAGGUGAUAACCAAAAAUAUCAACUCCUGACGUCAGUGUGUGGGUAAAGAUGUCGGCAUUUACACCCCUGGGGCUAAUGGUGCACACAGUAACUGUCCUCUGUUUUUGAUGCAAAAGUUGAGACAUUCAACAUUGAGAGAAUUGUCAUUCAAAUGCCCUUCGUGGAAUCCACCGAGUCGCAUUUCAAAAGAUUGACUGUAAUACACAACUUCACCACCAGAUGCCGCCAAACUCCUACACACUGGCAUUUGAAUCAAAAGCAAUUUAUUUUGCAGCCCUCCCUCCCCCCAAGAUGUGAUGACAGCUGACGUCAGAGUCACGGAUGAACCGGAGGAUUUUACUUUCUUGUUUUGAGGGCUAUGUUUUUAAAAAAAAACACACAAAAACUACAACGAAAUCCUUCCCUUGUCUGUUUUCACUUGCGCAAUACUGUGAACACUGCCAAUAAAGAUUUUAUUCAAAUCAAA